AUGACCUCGUGGCCCUCACCCAGACGACAGGCGAGAUUCAAGCGUUCUCGAGGAGCUUCAUUUGUACACGAGCAGAACACGCGUGAAGGUGACCGCAAAAGUUCAGACCCGAAGUGCAGACGAACCAAUGACUACUUUUGUAUUCUGCAACCAUUGUGGACAUCGUUGGAAGUUUUGUUAGCUUCUAACCCCUUACGGUCAAAUGACGGUUCAUGGGCGCCAGCGUGCUCCUACGACCGAGGUUCUCGGACUCCAGUUGGAAUUUGUGAUUCUCCAACUUCUGAUAUUCCUAUCCAUCUAUUUUGAAUUCUAAUUGCCCCUCACACCACUUGCGUCUCAGCAGAUGGUGUCAGCUUAUGUACAAAUUUCAAAUGUGAGCUCGAGCCCGGUGUUUUCCUCACAUUGUUCGAUGUAUAGGAUACCAAUUUUUCUCCCUGUGUGCCGACUGUCUAUUUGUUCUCUUUCCCUGAUUGUAUGCUCCUUGUUGCGUGUUGCGCACAUUGUAUCAGGGACGUCGGUACAAAGUAAAUGGUUACGCAUCAAUAUCUUAAUCACGACUUGUCUGUGAUAUUACUUUACACAUAAUCCCUCUCACAUUAACAGCUCCUUGCCUUGCGUCGGAGCAGCGUUUCUCAGCGAUUUGAGUGAAGGUUCUUGUGUCUACGGAACUGUCAUUAUCUCCUUUUCGAUGUGAACUGCACUGUGUUAGCAAUGCAAUUUUU